AUGUCCGUUGAAGCCAUGAACAAAUUUCGUAAGAAAUUAGAAAUAUCCUUGGAAGGCAUUAAUAAUAAUAAUAUGAGCGAACUGAUCAUCAUGAAGCAAGCAGAGUGCGAGUGUUGUGGACUGAAAGAGGAAUGCUCUGAAGCCUACAUCACACAAAUAGAGACAAGUUAUUCCGGCAAAUGGGUCUGCGGACUUUGCUCGGAAGCUGUCAAGGAGACGAUGAAAAGAUCGCCGGAAACUGCCAUGAAAGAAGCCGUGAGCAGUCACAGGGAUUUCUGCAACAAGUACAACACUACUACUAGGCUCAAUCCCAAGCUCUCCUUCACUUGUGACAUGAGGGAGAUUGCAAAAAGAAGCUGUGAGAGCCGAGAUAGUACUAAAAAGAACUUGGCCAGUAUUAAUUCUGUUCGCUAA